UAAAUUGGUCACCUGCCAGCGAAGCCACCUCAGAAACGAAUUGAACCGCCAUGAUGGAGGUUCCCUGCAAAAUUUUAGCAGUUUGUCUGCUGCUCGUCGGUGCUCAGGCGUUUGCGGCGGCUGAAGCAACCAGGAGCUCCAAGGAGCUUACCUGGCAGUCCCUGUUCUACGAUGCCGUGACUGGAAAUCUCCAGGAGCCCCUGGCCGAAGAGCUCAUCGAAUUUGAAGAGUGCACUGCCUUAUACACUGUGGAAAACAUAGAGAUCCUGCUGAAGGCUGGCUACAAGAUUCGUCGCUGCGGCAAGGUGGAAUCUAAGGAUAUUGAGAGAUAUUUGGAACGCCAGGAUGCCGUCUACACGAAACGCACUUUCGAAAGAGAGUUCGUUACCUGCGCCCUUCGCGAAUCGCAUCAUGACAACCGACAAUGCUACGUGGAUACCGUUCUGAAUCUCUUCAGUUCGGUGCGUCCUUACCGCUACGAUCGUCGCCGUUACAGAGCCUGCAUUUUCCGAGAAGUGGAAAAGGCAGUGAUCAAGCUGAAUGCAGCUUCCAUCGCUCUGGCAAAUUGCAUCGCCCAGAGUCAGCCACAACCACUACCGCCCCAGAACAGCACUUUGCCACCACCGUCUCAAAACUCCACUACUGAAGGUCCAUGGUGGGGAAACACUACUUCUCAGGGUCCAUGGUGGGGAAACACCACCACUCAAGGUCCAUGGUGGGGAAACACUACCACUCAAGGUCCAUGGUGGGGAAACUCAACUACUCAAGGUCCAUGGUGGGGAAACACUACCACUCAAGGCCCAUGGUGGGGAAACACAACUACUCAAGGUCCAUGGUGGGGAAACACUACCACUCAAGGUCCAUGGUGGGGAAACAGCACUACUCAAGGUCCAUGGUGGGGAAACAACUCAACGGAAGGUCCAUGGUGGGGCAAUAACUCUACUCAAGGCCCAUGGUGGGGAAACACCACUACUCAAGGUCCAUGGUGGGGAAACAAUUCUACGGAAGGUCCGUGGUGGGGAAACAAUUCUACCGAAGGUCCAUGGUGGGGCAAUAACUCUACUCAAGGUCCAUGGUGGGAAAACACUACCACUCAAGGUCCAUGGUGGGGAAACACAACUACUCAAGGUCCAUGGUGGGGAAACACUACGACUGAAGGUCCAUGGUGGGGAAACACUACGACUCAAGGUCCAUGGUGGGGAAACACUACGACCCAAGGUCCAUGGUGGGGAAACAAUUCUACGGAAGGUCCGUGGUGGGGAAACAAUUCUACCGAAGGUCCAUGGUGGGGCAAUAACUCUACUCAAGGUCCAUGGUGGGGAAACAACUCAACCGAAGGUCCAUGGUGGGGAAACAAUUCAACGGAAGGUCCAUGGUGGGGCAAUAACUCUACUCAAGGUCCAUGGUGGGGAAACAACUCAACCGAAGGUCCAUGGUGGGGAAACAAUUCAACGGAAGGUCCAUGGUGGGGCAAUAACUCUACCCAAGGUCCAUGGUGGGGAAACACCACUACUCAAGGUCCAUGGUGGGGGAACAAUUCUACCGAAGGUCCAUGGUGGGGCAAUAACUCUACUCAAGGCCCUUGGUGGGGAAAUAACUCUACUCAAGGUCCUUGGUGGGGAAACAACUCCACUGAAGGUCCAUGGUGGACAAACACCACUCAGACUCCACCGAUCUGGAACAGCACCACUCUUCACCCCAACUUCAACUCCACUGAAGGUCCAUGGAUCGGCAACUCAACCCAGGGACCCGUGAACACCACGACAACUCCUUGGUGGAACAACACCACUGCCAGUUGGAGCACUACAACCGUGGACGACAGAAGCACCACCGAGGGCAAUUGGUUCGAUCACCUGAUGAACGAGAUUGGAAACCUCUUCUAGACUUAAAAAGCCACGAAAAGCACACCUCAACUGUUAGGGGAUAUGGUCAGUGGACUAAGCUUUAGGCCGGGAAAUAAAUAAACUUAUCAGCAUUGAAAA